AUGGCUGCUGGGGGGAGCUGUCAGGCGGGCCGGGUUCCGCGCCGCCCUGCGCGCCCGCCCGCGGCUCGAGCCGCCCCCGCGGCCGCCCGCUCCUCGCGCUCCGCCCGCUCCGCUCCGCCCGCGCCGGCCCCACAAAGGCGGGGGCGCCGCGAUGGAGGGCGCUGUGUGCGCGUGAGCGGGGGGCUCCCGCAGGAGCGAGCGCAAGGUCAGGAGGCAGCGCUUCCUCCUCCUCCCGCACGGGGAGGCGCGCGGCGAUGGGCGCUGAGGAGGACGGCGCGGAGCGGCGCGUGGCGCAGGGCUCCUAGUGCCGCGGGGCCGCAGGAGGCGGCAGGGAGCGGCGCCCGGCAGCCCCCCCCACCCCCGCCGGAUCUUCCCCCGCAGCGGAGCCGAGCGGCGGGGAUGGAGGCGGGCGGCGGCGCGAGCCUCGCGGCGCUGCUGGGCGCCCGCGCCUGGCUGCUGCUCGCCGCCUGCCUCUGCCUCGCGCUCUGCGCCCGCGGCGCCCAGGGCAAGUCCUGCGACCGGCUCUCCUGCUUCUCGGGCCACUGUGUCAACUCCACCUGCGUCUGCGAGCAGGGCUGGGUGGGCGACCAGUGCCAGCACUGCCAGGGCAGGUUCAAGUUAACAGAACCCUCUGGAUAUUUAACAGAUGGACCAAUAAAUUAUAAAUAUAAAACUAAAUGUACAUGGUUAAUUGAAGGAUAUCCUAAUGCAAUAUUAAGAUUAAGAUUUAAUCACUUUGCGACGGAAUGUAGUUGGGACCAUAUGUAUGUAUAUGAUGGAGAUUCAAUAUAUGCACCUUUAAUAGCUGUAUUUAGUGGCCUAAUAGUCCCUGAAGUGCGUGGAAAUGAAACGGUUCCUGAAGUAGUUACGACGUCAGGCUAUGCAUUGCUACACUUUUUUAGUGAUGCUGCUUAUAACUUAACUGGAUUUAACAUUUUUUAUUCAAUUAAUUCUUGUCCUAAUAACUGCUCGGAACAUGGGAAGUGUACAACCAGUGUGUCUGCUCCAAGCCGAGUAUACUGUGAGUGUGACAAAUACUGGAAGGGAGAAGCCUGUGAUAUUCCGUAUUGCAAAGCCAACUGUGGUAGCCCAGAUCAUGGAUACUGUGAUUUGACAGGCGAGAAGCUGUGUGUUUGCAAUGAUAGCUGGCAAGGUCCAGAUUGUUCUUUGAACGUCCCCUCCACGGAGUCUUACUGGAUCCUACCAAACGUCAAGCCGUUCAGCCCGUCCGUGGGCCGGGCUUCCCAUAAAGCAGUUCUCCAUGGAAAAUUUAUGUGGGUCAUUGGUGGAUAUACUUUUAACUACAGUGCGUUCCAGAUGGUGUUGAACUACAAUUUGGAAAGCAGUAUAUGGAAUGUAGUGCCUGUAUCCAAAGGGCCACUCCAGAGAUACGGACACACUCUUGCUUUAUAUCAGGACGACAUCUACAUGUAUGGAGGCAAAAUUGAAACCAACAAUGGGAACGUCACUGAUGAGUUGUGGAUUUUCAACAUACCCAGUCAAGCCUGGAGUACCAGAACUCCCGCAGUGCUUGUACAUGGCCAACAAUAUGCUGUGGAGGGUCACUCAGCACACAUAGUAGAGCUGGAUAGCAGAGAUGUAGUUAUGAUCAUCAUUUUUGGAUACUCUGCCAUAUACGGCUAUACAAGCAUUGUGCAAGAAUACUACAUCAGGUCUAAUUCUUGGCUAGUUCCUGAAACCAAAGGAGCAAUUGUGCAAGGUGGAUACGGUCAUACUAGCGUCUAUGAUGAAUUGACAAAAUCUGUCUAUGUCCAUGGUGGAUACAAAGCACUGCCUGGCAAUAAAUAUGGAUUGGUGGAUGAUCUUUACAGAUAUGAAGUUAAUACUAGGACAUGGACUAUUUUGAAAGAGAGUGGUUUUGCAAGGUAUCUUCAUUCAGCCGUCUUAAUCAACGGUGCUAUGCUCAUUUUUGGUGGAAACACUCACAAUGAUACUUCUCUCAGUAACGGUGCAAAGUGUUUUUCUGCUGAUUUUCUUGCAUAUGAUAUAGCUUGUGAUGAAUGGAAGAUUUUACCAAAACCUAAUCUGCAUAGAGAUGUCAACAGAUUUGGUCACACUGCUGUUGUCAGUAAUGGGUCCAUGUAUAUAUUUGGGGGGUUUUCAAGUGUUCUUUUGAAUGACAUCCUUGUGUACAAGCCUCCGAACUGUGAAGCAUUUAGAGAUGAAGAGCUAUGUAAAAAUGCUCGUCCAGGGAUAAGGUGUCUGUGGAACAAGAAACACUGCGAGUCCUGGGAAUCUGGCCACGCUAAUAACAUCCUUAGAGCAAAGUGUCCUAAAAAGGCAGCUGCUGCAGAUGACAGAUGUUACAGGUAUGCAGACUGUGCGAGCUGCACUGCUAAUACAAAUGGAUGCCAGUGGUGUGAUGACAAGAAGUGCAUUUCAGCAAACAGUAACUGCAGCAUGUCGGUGAAAAACUACACCAAAUGCCAUGUGAGAAAUGAGCAGAUCUGCAAUAAACUGACCAGCUGUAAGAGCUGCUCCCUGCACCUGAACUGCCAGUGGGACCAGCGGCAGCAGGAGUGCCAGGCGCUACCCGCUCAUCUGUGCGGGGAAGGAUGGAGUCAUAUCGGAGAUGCCUGCCUGCGCAUAAAUUCUAGUCGUGAAAGYUAUGACAAUGCCAAACUCUACUGCUACAAUUUAAGUGGGAAUCUUGCCUCAUUAACAACCUCAAAAGAAGUGGAAUUUGUUCUGGAUGAAAUACAGAAGUAUACACUUCAGAAAAUUUCACCCUGGGUAGGUUUACGCAAGAUCAACAUCUCGUACUGGGGAUGGGAUGACAUGUCUCCUUUUACGAAUACGACUCUGCAGUGGCUUCCUGGAGAGCCGAACGACUCCGGUUUCUGUGCAUACCUGGAAAGAGCCGAGGUGGCAGGUCUGAAAGCGAAUCCAUGCACUGCGAUGGCAGAUGGGCUCGUCUGCGAGAAACCUGUUGUUAGUCCCAAUCAGAAUGCUAGACCCUGCAAAAAGCCAUGCUCCCUGCGAACAACGUGUUCUAACUGCACCAGUAAUGGUAUGGAGUGCAUGUGGUGCAGCAGUACAAAGAGAUGUGUUGACUCAAAYGCCUAUAUAAUCUCCUUCCCAUAUGGACAGUGUCUGGAAUGGCAAACAGCCACAUGCUCCCCUCAAAACUGCUCUGGACUGAGGACCUGUGGACAGUGUUUGGAACAACCUGGGUGUGGAUGGUGUAACGAUCCCAGCAAUACUGGGAAAGGACAGUGUUUGGAAGGCUCAUCGAGGGGGCCAGUGAAGCCUCUUGCCUUGCACUCCACUGAGAUGGUGCUUGAUGCUGCUCUUUGUCCCAAGGAGAAAAAUUAUGAGUGGUCUUUUAUCCAAUGUCCGGCGUGCCAGUGCAAUGGCCACAGCACCUGCGUCAACAGCAACGUGUGUGAUCAGUGCAAAAACCUAACGACAGGAAAGCAGUGUGAAACCUGCAUGCCCGGCUACUACGGGGAUCCCACGAAUGGAGGGCAGUGCACAGCUUGCACRUGCAGUGGUCAUGCAAAUAUUUGUCACAUGCAAACAGGAAAAUGUUUCUGCACAACCAAAGGAAUCAAAGGAGACCAGUGUCAACUCUGUGAUUCUGAGAAUAGAUAUCUUGGAAAUCCACUUAGGGGAACAUGUUACUACAGCCUUUUGAUUGAUUAUCAGUUUACCUUCAGCUUAUUACAAGAGGAUGAUCGCCAUCACACUGCUAUAAACUUUAUAGCAAAUCCUGAACAGUCAAAUAAAAAUUUGGAUAUAUCAAUUAAUGCAUCAAACAACUUUAACCUCAAUAUUACAUGGUCUAUUGGUUCUACAGCUGGAACAAUAUCUGGAGAAGAAAUUCCUGUUGUUUCUAAGACUAAUAUUAAGGAAUACAGAGAUAGCUUUUCCUGUGAAAAAUUUAACUUUCGGAGCAACCCAAACAUCACUUUCUAUGUCUAUGUCAGCAAUUUUUCCUGGCCCAUUAAAAUCCAGAUUGCCUUCUCACAGCACAAUACUAUCAUGGAUCUCGUGCAGUUCUUUGUCACCUUUUUCAGUUGUUUCUUAUCCUUACUGCUGGUAGCUGCUGUCGUUUGGAAAAUCAAACAAACCUGUUGGGCUUCUCGACGGAGAGAGCAACUUAUGCGGGAGCGACAGCAGAUGGCCAGCCGCCCCUUUGCUUCUGUCGAUGUAGCACUGGAAGUAGGAGCUGAGCAAACAGACUUUCUCCGAGGGCCAUUAGAGGGUGCUCCAAAACCGAUUGCCAUUGAGCCGUGUUCGGGAAACAAGGCAGCAGUCCUCACGGUAUUCUUGUGUCUGCCAAGGGGAUCAUCAGGAGUGCCACCCCCGGGUCAAUCAGGUCUUGCGAUUGCAAGUGCAUUGAUAGACAUUUCACAACAGAAGCCUGCGGACUGUAAAGAUAAGUGUUCAGGAGUCAGAAAUCGAAAACAUCACCUUUCAACACGUCAAGGGACUUGUGUCUGAGACCCAAAAACUGCAAUUGUAUAUUCUGUAAUGUUUUCUUUUUAAAUGGCUUCCAUUGAAAGCUACACUACAGCCUCAGUUUUUAUGGAGGCAAACCUAGGAAUGAACGUGUGAGGUAUGUGCUCUGUUCUAGUCUCACUAGCAGCCCACUCUGCCCAAAGCAGAACAAACUUAUGGUGGGUAUGAGUGUCUUUAAUGAGCUUUAAUAAAACCAGUGGAUUCUGAUAUCAGCAAAAUACGAAAUAAAAUGCCUAAUAUGCUUAAUCCUGAACAUAUCAGAGCAGGGAAAAUCCUUGAAUACAACCAGGAAAAACUGUACAUUGUUUUGUAAUGUAGAAGGAAAUUGUAUAACUGAAAAUUAAGCAAAUUCCAGGAAACUAAAGGACAUUUUUGUAUAGCAUAAUGUAAUAAUGAGAAUUGUACAGUUCUUUCCUUGUAAUCAGCAUUAAGAUUAUCUUUCCAGUAAGUGAGAACUAAAGAGGAUCAUUUGGAUUUAGGUGUUCUGUUAUCAUUGCUCAAAUAGGUAGGCAGCUUUUGAAUUUAGUAGGUAAGUACAGCUGAGAACACCACACAUCAUAUUUAAAUGAUCAUUUCAUAUAAAAGCUUGAUUUGAGCAUUUCAUGUUCUUUUUUUUUUUAUAUUGCAAAGGGCUCAGAAAUAUAAUCUUAGCCACAGCAUAAUGAUGGGCGGGUUUUUAUGUUUCUAUUCAUAAGAUUUUUUUUUAAUUCUGAAUGAGAUAUUUUACAAAGAGUGCAUGUCAGUCUUCUAUGCCAACUAACUCAUUAUCAGAAUUGAUUGAGCAUGGAAAAGCCUCUUCGGCAAUCAAGUUUGCUGUUUUUCCCAAAGCCAUCUCCAAGACAGCAAGUUUAAGGAGAGUUUAACUUACUGUUACUCUGCAGUGAAAUACUUGCUUCCAUUUCAAUAUUGAAAUUUUCUAAUAUCUGUGAAUUGUCCUGACCUCUGAGUAGAAGAAAUGAAUCCCAAUCAGCAUUUUGAUCCAUUUUUAAUAAUAAGGUAUGAUUUUCUGAUGGUGUUUUUCUCCCAGCUGCAGAGUUCUAUCUUAUCUUCACUUUCACAUCAGUCAAAAAAGAUAUUCUGUAUAUAAAAAAUGAAAUAAAUAAGUAUUAAAAAUCUARGCUGCUUCCAACAGUGGUUCUCAAAGCCAGAUGGGACCUCAUGCAACCAGUACUCAGCAACAAAAAGCAGAUGAAAGACUUUCCUUUCUACUGGACAUUAGUCUUGCAAGCUUUUGGGGACUUGGUCACCACAGCAGAAAAUCUAGCCUUUAAUGGCUCUCAGUCUUUUUAUUUACUAAUAGAUGAUGAAUUUAUGAAAGAUCAAGAGAAUUCUAAGGGGUAGGUAGCAGACAUGUCAUGUUCUAAUUUAUGCAUUACAAAGUGACAGCGGUAUAAUAUGAAACCAGUAGUUUUGUAAGAUCUUCUUGAAAGUGUAGUUUCUCAGCUCCAAAUUUGCCACUAUACUAGUGCAGAAGAGUGAUAGAGAGGUAUAAAUGCCUCAUGUAAUGACAAACUUUUGGUAAAUAUGAAAAAUAUAAAAAGAUAAUUGAUGUUUACUACUAUAUCUGUAUUUUUGAUUUGCUUUUUAUUUCAGGAAGAUGAUGACAUUUUACUGUUCAUAGUUGACUACAUAGUUACUUGCAUGCCAUGGUGGUGCAGUAGCAGUAAUAAAGCCCUGUUGUGAAUUGUGUUUAUUUUGUAAUGCCAUUCAUUCAUUCAUAGUAGUACUCAUUUUAAUUUGGAUGAGGACUAAAUGUAAAAAAUAACUAUAAAAAGGAAUAAUUGUACAGUAUGUAGUUAUAUCUUAUACAGGAAUAUUAGGUUGCAUCUAACCAUGACUGCUGUUUUGUUUUGAUAAAUUAUGCAUUUAUGAAUUAUGGUAUAAUGAUUUCUUAUGGCAUGGUUGUUUCAGUAUUUUCAUAUCUUAAAAUAAGAUUAUUAUCCUAAAAUAAUGCCAUCAAAAUCUUGUGACUUUUAUUGACUAUUCUGACCUCAAUCUUUCAUGUCUUAAAACUUAAAUAAUUCCUUUUCAAAGCUUCUGUUGGGAAUUUUCAAUCARUGCUGCUAAGUACAUUGGAAAAAUGGUCUUUUGAAAAUGACCCAUUCUGUCAGUUUUAAUGUUGAUCUGCUAAAAUGAAAAUAAACCAGUAGUUGUUUUAUAUGGUGAAUAUACUUAAGAACAGGAAAGAACCACUUGUUUGGAGAAUUUCCCAAAAUCUGUGUUAUCCUCAACCUAAACAUUUCACAUAAGGAAUAUACAGUGUGUGUUUUGGAAAUGUACCAGAGACCUCCAUGGACAGACAGACGAACCAUGCAUUCUUGYAGAGCAGUUAUUUUGACUGUUCUUAUUCAAAAAAGGAUAUAUGCACCUGUAUCUCAGCUGG